AUGAAAUUUAAAAUAAUAAUAGUUUUAAUAUUAUUUAUAAUAUUUAAUUAUUAUAUUAUAAAUAUAAAUGGAUCAUUUGAUUUUAAAUCAAAAAAGAAUGUUGUUGGAUAUUAUUCAAAUAAUUUAAAGAAUAAAACAUUAAAAUAUCAUACAUUAGGAGAAUUUUGUCAACAAGGUAGUUAUGAUACAAUUGUAAUUGGGUCACUCUAUUGGAAUCAAAAUAUGACACAAUUUUAUUUUGAAUGUCAAGAUUAUUAUUCAUUAACUCAAGAUAAAGAAAAAGAAUUGGGUGUCGCAACAACACCAGUCCAACAUUUAAAAGCAUUUGAUUUCUCAAAAAGAGGUGUUCAAAAUGCAAUGAAAGAACAAAUUUCUGACGAAGAAGAAGAAGAAGAAGUUGAUAUUCCAACAACAAAAACAAAAACAACAGCAACAAAAGCAAAAACAACAACAACAACAACAACAAUUAAAAAAAUUGGUAUUGAAAAGAAUACAUAUCUUUCAAAUAAAUGUAUUGAUUUAAGAAAUGAUAUAAUUAAAUGUCAAAAUAUUGGUGUUAAAAUUUUAAUUCAAGUUGGUAGUAAAGGUGGUAUUGGUGAAUUUGGGAAUACAUCAAUUGCUACCAAAGAAAUGGCUCAAAAAUUGGCAGUUAAAAUUUGGGAUAUGUUUUUAUUUGGUGAUGGUGGUAGAAAAGAGUAUCAAGAUAAAUUAAAAGGUAUAGAUACAAAACCAAAGAAUGAUGGAUCGUCAAGUGAAGAAAUUGCAUCAUUUGGUAGUAUUGAAUCAAUGGAUGAUCAAAGUGGUGAUAUUGAAGAUAUCGAUCGUUUCAGUAGUGAAGUUAAAAAAGAUGAUUCCUCCUCAAACUCAACUGCAUCACUUGGUGAAUUGGAUGAUUAUCAAGAUGAACAAUCUUAUCAAGAGGAAUAUUCAAAUGAUGAAGAUACAGAUCCACCAAUACCAGAUGAUGAAGAUUCUGAAUAUGUUGAUCAAGAACAAUAUGAAGAUGAAGAGGAGGACGAUGAUGAAGAUGCAGUUGAUGAAGAUGGUAAUCCAAUUGUAAAGAAAAAGAAACAACCAUCAACUUCAAAAGCACCAGAAAGAAAGAAGAAAUUAUUGGUUUUCCCACCACGUCCAUUUGGUUAUGGUGUAUUUUUAGAUGGUGUUGAUUUCUCACCAAUGAUUGGUAAAAGUGAUAACUACUAUCAUUUGGCAAUGGGUUUAGAUAGAUAUAGAGUACCAAAGAAGGAUUUAUUCACCAUUUCCUCAACUGUGGAUUGUUCGCUACUUCAUAGUAAAAAAGAAAGUAUGACCUCUUCUCCAACUGCUUUAUUACGAUUUAAUUUCGAUAUUCUCACUUUAGAUUUCGUUCAUAAUAAACAAUGUGAUUAUUGGUCAAAAGUUAGUGAUCAAUGGAUUAUCGAUUGGGCAAACUAUACAAAAGACUAUAAAUUCAAUCAAACUAAACUACUCUUAAUGGCAUCUUCAAAUCCAAAGGAUUCUGCUUUCUUCUCUCCAAAAUUCUUUUUAAUGGAAUAUACAAAAUAUUGCAUUGAUUUACCAAAUAUGGCAGGUGUUUUUAUCUCUGAUGUUUUAUCAGCUUCAAAGAUUUAUAAUUCAACCACUAGAUUGGAUUUCUCUCAAGAAAUAUCAAAAGAUGUUAAAUCAUUUAAUCCAUUAAUUUAUCAUCAUCCAGAAGGUACUCGUCCAGCUUGGACCUAUGGUGGUGGUUCUAAACCUCCAACUUCACCUGCAACUAAACCAAUUCAAACUAAACCGCCAAUUACCAAAGGUCCAAUUAUAACAAUGUCUCCUAACAAAACUAAAACUUCAACAACUACCAAACCAGUACCAACAAAAAUUCCAAUUAUUGAUAAUAGUAAUUCAACUUCAACAACUGUUAAAAAAGCAAAUUCUUCACAUUCAACUCCAACACCCACUAUUAAAUUAAGACCAACUCAUGCACCAUUAAAAACACAAUCACCUGAACCAAAAACUGAAUCACCAACUCCCACUAGUACUCCAACACCUUCCUCAACAGUUGCAAAAACUACUCAUGCACCAUUAAAAACUCAAUCCCCAACACCAAAAUUAAUACCUAUUACUAAAAAACCAAUAACACCAACCAAAGCUCCAAUAACUAAAGCUCCAAUCCCAGUAACUGAAUCACCAACACCAGAGACUGAAUCACCAAUUAAAUUGAGACCAACUCAUAGACCACUAAAAACACAAUCUCCAGAGACCGAAUCAACAAAACCAACUAAACCACCAACAACAACAACACCAAAACCAACUAAACCACCAACAUCACCAUCACCAUCACCAAAACCAACCAAACCACCAACAACAUCAGCACCACCUAAAAAAGAAACAACAUCACCAAUAAACUUAAGACCAACUCAUAAACCACUAACACAACCACCAGUUGAUGAAUCUAAGACUAAAGUUUUGGACAUUUCUGAUGAAACAGAAACUAGAGUAAUAACCAUUCCAGAUGAUUCUGAAACACCGGCUAAAUUAGAAAUUCCAGACAAUACAAAACCAGAAACACCGAUUGAAUCCUCUGUUCCAAUCAAAUCUGUUGCUGCAGUUGAUAAAACACCUGUUAAAUCCGCUGCUCCAAUCGAAUCAGCUUCUCCAGUUGAUGAAAUACCUGUUGAAUCCGCUGCUCCAGUUGAAGAAACUAGAAGUAGAAGACAUAAACCAAUAAGUGCAACCGAAUUUGAUAAAAAUUUCAUCACAAAUCAAUAA